UGGAACAAGAUUGGUGGUCUUUCCAAUCUCAAACAAAAAAUCAGACAAGCUGCUGAAUGGCCAAUGAAAUAUCCAGACAGUUUCAAGAGAUUAGGACUCCAACCACCAAGAGGUAUUCUCCUGUAUGGUAUUCCUGGAACAGGUAAAACAACUCUUGUCAGAACACUUGCUCUCUCAACCAAUUCUACCUUUAUCUAUUGUAAUGUUGCUCAAGUAUACUCUCCAUAUGUAGGAGAAGCUGAAAGAGCCAUUAGAGACAUCAUGUCGAAAGCAAGAAUGAUGAAUCCUUCAGUGGUAUUUUUCGAUGAAAUUGAUGCAAUCGUAGGCAAGAGAGAUUUCUCUAUGGGAGGAGCUGAUUCUGUGAGCAGUAGAGUUUUAUCAACCCUCCUCAACGAAAUGGAUGGCAUUGAGAGUACAAAGAAUUUACUAGUUGUUGCAGCCACCAAUAGACCUGAUAUGAUUGAUAGUGCCUUAAUGAGACCUGGCAGAUUGGAACACCUACUUCACGUACCACCACCAGAUAAAGAAGCCAAGGAGUCUAUAUUUGAAAUUCAUACCAAGAAUCUAGGAGAAACAUUCUUAAACUCAUCCAAUCAACUCAUUCAUCGAUCAGAGUUCAUUAAGAAUCUGGUAGAAUGUGAGGAAAUUUCAGGUGAUAUGACUGGUGCAGAAAUAGAGGCACUAUGUAGAGAGGCCUGUAUGGCAGCCAUUCGUGAU